AUGGGCUGUUGUUACAGCAGCGACAACGAGACAGCAGACCAGGUAGAUAAUGAACGCAAGCCGCUAAUAACCCACCCGAACCCUGUAAGCAAACCCCCAAAUGGUACAGACUGGAUCACUCCUACGGUCCCCUCAGCCCGAACAGAUGAACAGGCUCUCCUUACAUCCAUCCUCACCAAAACCGCACAGAACAUCAUCGAUGUGUCAGCAGCUGACUCUGUCAUGAUGGAGCAGCAUGAAUAUAUGGACAAAGCUCGGCAAUACAGUACAAAACUUGCUGUAUUGAGCAGCAGUAUGCCCCAGAAGAAAGCCUUGGCUCUCCCCUCCCUCACCAGCCAACCCCACCAAGUGCUCGCCAGUGACCUGGUGCCAUACUCGGAUGUUCAGCAGGUAUCCAAGAUAGCGGCGUAUGCCUACAGUGCAAUCUCUCAAAUCAAAGUGGAUGCUAAAGAAGAACUAGUGGUCCAGUUUGCCAUUCCUUAA